AUGUCUGAUCAUGAAGACAUUAACUAUGAAUCGUUUUUACCGAAAUUUACAUCUUCACCACCACCACCAUAUUCUUCAAAUUACUCUCCAAUCAGCGAUGAUUUCAUGCUUUCAACAUCAUUGGAUUUUAUGGAUAUUGAUUUCAACAAUCUUUCAAAUCUAUACGAUUAUGCUCCAGAAGAAGAUGAUAGUUUAGGGGAAAUUUGGAAUUAUAAUAGCACAGCUUUACAACCUCAUUCAUCGGGAUUUGUUCAUGGUGGAAAGCCGCUUUCAUUCAUGAUGAGAAGUCCUGAGCCAUGGUUAUCAUCAUCAUCACCAUCGUCAUCGUUAUCGCUGUCAUCAUCACAUUCAUCUUCGAAUGUUAGUUUAGAUGAUGAUGAGAUAAGACCAGAAACAGUUGCUAUAGAGGUUUAUCAACAAUCACAGGAGAGAAUAGUUAACCUGGAGCAAGCCUUGAUUGAUGCGAACGAGCGGAAUCAGGAGUUAACGGCUGAGUUGGAGCGAACUCGUCUGUUACAGCAGCAGUGGCAUAUGCAAAGCUUGCAGCAGCAGGAAGAACUCAACUUUUAUCGCGAAUAUUGUAAAUCGAUUUCUGAGAGCAUGUUUCCAUAA